GGAAGACAUGGUAAUUGUUUUCUAAUAAUUCUUUAAUUCAGUCCUAAAGUGUUAAAUUCCAUAUGUACAUCUGUAAAAGGAAAAUGUGACUUCAGUGAGUAACUGUAUAUAUAUAUAUUACUCCAUGUGAAAGCGAAAAAGUAAGAGUGGCAUGAACCAUGGCUGAGGGUGGCGAUUUGACUUCUAUAAAAGACGGCUCGGAUGCUGACUUCGAGAACACAUGUUCACCAUGUGGGGAGGAUGAUGUCAGAGAAGAGGCUGUCAAGUAUUGUCCCGUGUGUGAGGAAUAUCUGUGUACAUCAUGUUCACGACAUCAUGGUCGACUAAAAGCUACACGUUCACAUACGUUAGUAAAUUGUGAUGCGUCAACAAAAGGUACAGCGGUAACCAUGGUUACAAAAUGUCGUUAUCAUCCAGAUCGCGACAUUGAAAUGUACUGUGGAGCACAUGACAUGGUCUUUUGUAACAAAUGUAUUAUUGAUAAUCACAGAUCCUGCAAUGGAGUAUCCUAUGUAGAAGACGUGUCUUCACAUCAAGUAAAAGAGAUUGAGCGGCUCAAGACGGACAUGAAAACAAUUCAAGAGCGUUUAGAUGACACUGACCAGAAGUUGCAGACGAACAUCAAUAGCGUUGAGAAGCAAAGAAACGAAAUUAUUUCUCAGAUAGAGGGGAUUGAGCGGGAAUUCGUUGAACAUAUCCGUAAGCUGAAGCAUAAAGCAUUGGCAGCACUUAAUUCAGACUUUACUUUGGCCAAAGAAGAGAUUGAGACAAAUGUUUCUCAGAUUAGCAAAGUUAAACAAGAAAUCGAGCAAGCAAGUAGCCAGUUACAGACAGUCGACAGUAUGAAUAUAAGGCAACAAUUUAUACAGGCAAAACUGGCACAACAGACUGUAAACAAUGCUUUGAAAGUUUUUAAACAAACCGAGGCUAAAGGUUGUCAGUAUUUACGUUUUACGGAAAAUACGGAAUUAAAAUCUUUAAUCAUUGUGUCAACAUCUUUAGGGUCUGUAGAGAAGACAACAGAAAACAACAGUCUGGUUGGAUUAAAGUUGUAUAAAGUAAGUUCACAGAAGGAGAUUAAAAUCAAAAUGAAAAAUGACUGUACACAAUGCUACAUCAGUGAUAUAUGUCAGCUUCCAGACGGUACAAUCAUACUGGCUGAUUAUCAUAAUAUGAGGAUAAAGAGGCUUGAUGUGAAUUAUAACAUUAAAGAUUGUUUGGAUCUAGAAUCAUAUCCUGCAGGUAUCUGUUGUACUGGUAAUACUGAGGUCGCUGUGAAACUUUCAAACAACAAAGUUUGUUUUAUAUCAAUAGGAAACUCUUUAUCUAAGGUGAGAGAUAUAUCUGUUACAGUUGGACUUUACUUGGGAAUGACAUAUUGCGCUGGAGAGUUGUGGGUAUCUGGUAGAAAUGGUGUAAAUGUAUACAAUAUGACUGGUACAUUAAUAAAGUCUAUCAGUAAUAAUGUCAAUGGUCAACGCAUAUUUAAAUCAAAUCCUCAACAAAUGGCUGUCAGUGGAGAUACUGUUAUUAUAACAGAUUCUAGUGAUGGUGUUGUCUGGCUGAACAGAGAUGGUACGGUGAAGAGAGAACUGAGAGAUAAAAGUCUUAUCAACACAUGUGGUGUAUGUGUAGCCAAUGACGGGACCAUGUUUAUUUCUGGUAAUAAGUCAAACAACAUCAUGAUGUUUGAUAGAGAUGGUAAAUGUCUGGGAGAAUUUGUGGGUAAAGGUGCUGGUCAGGUUUAUCCAAUAUCAUUGUUGUAUGAUGACAAGAGAAACUGUUUAAUUGUUGCAUGUUAUUCAGACAAGAUCAUAGUUUAUGAUACAUAAUGAUAUGCAUGUAUUUUAGAUAUAAAAAAGAGAAGGAGUCUAUAGUUUUCAUUGUACUGUUGUACGAUGAUUAUAUCUUUAUAUUUAUGUGUUGUGAAUGACAUUUAAUGAAAUGCGUGUAUAGUAA